AUGGCGGGCAACGCGACGUGUAAGGAUUGCGGCGCGCCCACAAAGGGAUACGCGAGGUGUUUUAAGUGUAACGAGACGUCGAAACGGCGACGUGAAUCGGCGUCGGCGGACGGUAGCGGUCGACCUUUCGCGCCGCGGCGGGACGACGAGUAUAAGUUUAAGAGCGCCGGCGGCGGCGUGAAGACGGCGACGGCGCUCGCGGAACACUUUGCUCGAGAAUUUUCCAAUAGUCAGAUCACGGCGCGUUCGGUUAAUCGAGUGCUCGAGUCGCUAGGAUGGAUCACGCGUUCGCCGUACGAUUCUGGGGGGUGGGAGAGCACGAAGGCGGGUCUGAGAAACGGCGCGUCGAAUCACGCGGCGUCGAACGGCGUGCCGUACGUCAAGUUUGAAGAGCGCGUGGUGCGAGAGCCCGCACUUCGCAGAGCGUUGUCGGAUUUCUCUGCGCCGAUGAAGGCGUCGCCGCGAAAGCAAACGCAAAGGAACGAUGACGGAGUCGAGCGACGAAACGAGCCGGCGGAGUGUCGAUGCGCGUGCGGGAGGUGCUCGAUUAUCGGCAAGUCGCAGAAAUAUAAAACCAGGGAUGGGCACUACGUUCGGAGUCGCGGAGAGGUGCUGAUCGAUAACUUUCUGUAUUCCACUGCCGUGCCGCACGCGUACGAGCUCGAAGUACACCUCGCGGAGAAUAAAGUCAUGACGCCGGAUUUUUGUUGCCGCACCCCCAAGGGCAACGUGUACAUCGAGUUUUGGGGACUCAAGGGUGAACCGGAUUACGAUUCGUCCACAGAGUACAAGAAGAAACUCUACGAAGAGUUCGACCUGGAUCUCAUCGACGUAAAUCCGGAUGACCUCGAUAAUUUAGACGCCUACUUGUCGAGAAAACUCGCCCAGUACGGCGUGCGAACCGCGUACUAG